CGGAGCUGGUCAAUGAUAUGGGAGGGGAGAAAAAAACUCCCUUUGGUCAUUUUUUCCUGUUUGUUGGAGCGACCCUGUUUAGCGCUGCUUUUAACGAUGGAUACGCGCAAAAAAGGGAAGGAUAAUAUCGUUAUGGACGGCUCGGAGAAAUGCGUGAAUAGAGAUGAAGAGCAACACGAGAAGAAAGAAUGGGAUGAGUCAUCGGACAGUGAAAGUGUAGCUUCUAGCGUGGACUCUGCGGUGGAGGAGAUGUCCAGCGAUUAUCUCGAAACCCUUCUGGAUGAGUUUUCAGAUGAUAAUGAUGAUGAUGAUGAUGACUGGUAUCCUGAGGUCACUCCACGAAAAAAGAAGAGAUCUGGUCUGUCUUCUGUAUCACCGUCUCCAGCAAAGUCUUGCAGGUCUGGAUCCCCUGCCUCUGUGCAAAGUAGCACAGGGAAAGCUAGGAAAAGCAGCACGAGACGAUCCCUACCUUUCUCCAAUAACAUCUCUGAAAAGAAGUGGAGAAGUGUAGAUGAGCCUGACAUCGAGCCGACACAGCCAAUAUUCAGACCUAAAAACACACCCGGCCCACAGUUAAUCUCCACUGCAACAUGCAGUCCUCUGCAGUAUUUUGAGUUGUUCUUUUCAAAAUCAGUGCUAAAGACCAUUUUAGAAAAUACAAAUGCGAAUGGAGCCAUGCGUCAAGAUGGAAAGAAGAUGCCAUGGGAGGAUAUUACAAUCAAAGAUCUGAAGUCAUUCAUAGCACUGGUUAUUUAUAUGGGAGUGCUGAAAUGCUUCUCGCUGACAGACUACUGGAAAACAUCAGAUUUAUACAGUCUGCCUUAUCCUGCACGAAUCAUGACUGGGAAAAAAUUUCUUACAAUCAGUCGGGCUCUCCAUAUUAGUGAUCCCAAAGUGGAUGCAGAGAAUGACAAGAAGAGGGGAACACCUGAAUACGACCGUCUGUGUAAGAUCAAACCGCUGUACCAGGACAUCAGGGACGCCUGCAGAGCCUCUUUCCAUCCCUUUCAGAACAUUGCCAUUGAUGAACGAAUGGUGGCCUCAAAGGCUAGAAAUGGACUUAAACAAUACAUGAGAAACAAACCGACAAGAUGGGGGUACAAACUGUUUGUACUGGCGGAUUCCCUCUGUGGCUACACAUGGGACUUCUUCAUUUAUGAAGGAAAGGCCAAUGUGGUGGAGAGCAAGGGUAUUAGCUAUGAUUCUGUCAUGCUUCUGGCUAAUGAAAGGUUGUUGGGAAGCGGCUACAAGCUGUUUGUUGACAACUUUUACACCAGUCCCAAACUUUUCAGAGACCUGCUCCGUAAAAAGAUCUGGGCUUGUGGCACGGUUCGCUCUAACCGCAUUGGCCACUCAAAGACACAGGCUCCUCGUGGCAAUAUUCGCUGGUUUAGGGAAGAAGAUCUGCUGUUUGUUGAGUGGAAGGACAAGAGGGACGUGCUGAUGUGCUCCACCUUUCAUAAAGCCUUUAAUGGGGACACCAUAAAGAGAAAUGUGAAAGGAGCCGAUGGAGUUUGGGCUCCUCAGGAAUUCCCCGUUCCAGCCGCAGUACUGGACUACAACAAGCACAUGGGAGGAGUGGAUCUGUCUGACGCACUUAUAGGGUAUUACUCGGUUCUGCAUAAGACACAAAGGUGGUAUCGGACCUUCUUUUUCCAUUUUGUGGACAUCGCUGUAGUCAAUGCCUUCAUUCUGCACCAGCAGAUGGCCAAGAUGAAGAACGAGAAGCCUCUGUCCCAGAAAGCCUUCAGGGAGGCGCUUGUAAAUGAGCUUGCAUCUCCCCCUCCACCAGUACGUGCGACUCUUACCCCAUACUCCCAUUUGCCCAAAUACAUCAGUGGGGACAGCACCAGUGGAAGACGAAGAUGCAAAGUUUGCCAGAACAAAACUCCAGUCAUGUGCGUGACUUGUGAAAUACCUUUUUGCUUCGUUCCUAAGCGUGACUGUUUCACAAAAUGGCAUAACCCAGAUAGCAGUAGCGAGAAUGAGAACGAUUAAUGACUAAAGUAGUGGGAUUUUGUGUCUAGUGUGAAACUCCUAGAUGAGUGCAACAUCAAGCACAAGACAAUACUCAGAACUGGAGCAUGACAUUUUCAUACUAGUGUGAAUUGGUCGUAAAUUGGUCACAGAUUUGGUGAUGAACUGGGGGUUUGUCGCAGACUGUGGAAAUCUGUCCAGAACUGCAAGAUCCAACCAAAAAUCUUGUAGUGUGAGCCCGGUGUUGUUUCGACGUCUGUUCCCACUAUGUUUCCCCUCAGUUUAGCAAAGGUUUGGAAGGCUUUGCAACUGUGUUGUACAUGUAUGAGAUAUAAAUUGAAAUAAAUGUACAACGUAAUUCUACCUCUAA